UGAUGAUAUUCCACCCAUUUCAGUUUAUACCCUCUGCUCCCAUCACCUUUGAAAUAGCUCUCGGUCUCAUUGACCAGAUAACUUUGAUCACUUUGUGGCUUCUUUGUGGCCAAGCAUUUGAUCGGAGACCGCUUGCUGCUUCAUCAUUAACGCCGUCGUGGCGUCCUUGGGGACACCAUGAGCUCCUUGAAGCAAUUUAUUCGCAAUGUCCGUGCAGCCAAGACUAUUGCCGACGAGCGAGCUGUUGUUCAGAAGGAAAGUGCCGCAAUUCGUGCCAGCUUCAGGGAGGAGAGCGGAGACUCCAACAUUCGGAGGAACAAUGUGGCCAAGCUGCUAUAUCUCUUCACUCUUGGAGAGCGUACACACUUUGGCCAAAUAGAAUGCCUCAAGUUGUUAGCCUCUCCUAGGUUCGCCGACAAGCGUCUGGGAUAUUUAGGGACAAUGCUGCUACUGGAUGAAAAUCAAGAGGUCCUUACGCUGGUUACCAAUUCAUUACAAAAUGACCUCAAUCAUUCGAACCAAUACGUGGUCGGGCUCGCUCUCUGUACGCUAGGCAACAUUGCUUCCGUCGAAAUGUCUCGAGAUCUUUUCGGUGAGGUUGAGACUCUGAUGUCUACGUCGAAUCCAUACAUUCGCCGAAAGGCAGCUUUAUGCGCUAUGCGCAUAUGUCGAAAGGUGCCCGAUUUGCAGGAGCACUUCGUGGAGAAGUCCAAGCUACUUCUCGCAGACCGCAAUCACGGCGUCCUUCUCUGUGGCCUGACCCUUGUUACGAGCAUGUGCGAGGCAGAUGAAGCUGAGGGGGGAGAAUUGGGUGUCGUUGACAUAUUUCGGCCCGUUGUUCCUGGCUUGGUGCGCACUCUCAAGGGGCUUGCGAGUUCAGGCUACGCACCGGAGCAUGAUGUUAGCGGCAUUACGGAUCCCUUCUUACAAAGCAAGAUAUUGAGGCUUCUGAGGGUUCUCGGCCGCGGUGAUUCUCACACAAGCGAGCAGAUCAACGAUAUCUUGGCUCAGGUUGCUACAAACACGGAUUCAUCCAAGAAUGUCGGAAACGCAAUUCUCUAUGAAGCUGUCCUCACAAUCCUUGACAUUGAGGCCGACUCUGGUCUUCGGGUGCUCGGUGUCAAUAUCCUUGGAAAGUUCCUCGCCAACAGGGACAACAACAUCCGCUACGUCGCGCUCAACACCUUGAUCAAGGUAGUAGCUGUCGAACCCAAUGCUGUGCAACGGCACCGAAACACCAUUCUGGAGUGCUUAAGGGACCCUGACAUUUCCAUUCGAAGACGUGCUCUGGAUCUCAGCUUCACUCUGAUCAACGAAGGGAACGUGCGCGUGCUUAUUCGAGAAUUACUUGCCUUCCUCGAGAUUGCAGACAAUGAAUUCAAGCCGAUCAUGACUAGUCAGAUUGGCAUUGCCGCAGAUCGUUUUGCGCCGAACAAGCGGUGGCACAUUGACACGAUGCUACGGGUUCUGAAGCUGGCCGGAAACUACGUCAAAGAACAAAUCCUCUCGUCUUUUGUUCGCCUGAUUGCGACGUCUCCCGAAUUACAGACAUAUUCUGUGCAAAAGCUGUACUCGAGUCUCAAGUCUGAUAUCACGCAGGAAGGCCUCACAGUGGCCGGCGCCUGGGUCAUUGGCGAAUACGGCGAUGCACUUCUUCGCGGCGGCCAGUACGAGGAGGAAGAGCUUGUUCGGGAGGUCAAGGAAAGUGAUGUUGUCGACCUUUUCUUGAUGAUUCUCAAUAGCAGUUAUUCCACCCAAAUUGUGACUGAAUAUAUCAUCACUUCUGCAAUGAAACUCACAACUCGCUUGUCGGAUCCAGCGCAGAUUGAGCGGAUACGCCGGCUUAUGCAGACCAACUCUACGAAUCUGAACAUUGAGGUACAGCAACGUGCUGUCGAAUACGGGAACCUCUUCGGCUACGACCAGAUCAAGCGUGGCGUGCUCGAGAAGAUGCCACCACCUGAGAUUCGUGAGGAACAGCGUGUUCUUGGUGAAGCUGCCAACAAGCGGCACACGAGAAUAGCGUCAAAGGCGAAGAAGCCCUUCAAGCAGUCUGAGCAAGACAUGCUCUUGGAUCUAAUGGGAGGAUCCGAUCUUCCCGCCACCGACGUUAGCAGCACCCUGAAUGGGACCCAAAAUAAUGCCGACCUCCUUGCCGAUAUCCUUGGCGGUGGUCCUUCUAUCCCUUCUGCUCCUCAAGUACCGUCCACAACCUCCUCGCCGCCUCCUGUUAACGGCGGUGCCCCCAAAUCAAACAUCAGCUCCAUUAUGGACCUGUUUGACACGCCCAGCGCAACAUCUACUCCAGCACCGACAGCUGCAGCACAAGCCCCGCCGCCAUCAUCGACGCCAUCCGCUGAUCUAUUCAGUGGUCUGUCAUCACCACCUCCGCAGUCCAUGUCUCCUGCCCCGGCAGGAGGUGCGGCAGCACACCAAGCAUACGGUAAAAAUGACCUUGUCGUUACGCUGCAGGUCCAGCGUAACCAGGGCGCCGCGCAAGUCCUAGCCCGCUUCCGAAACACCAGCAACUUUGAUCGCUUUGGCGGGGUCAAUAUCCAGGCCGCAGUGCCCAAGACGCAGAAACUGCAAUUGCAAGCCAUCAGCAGCGCCACGCUCGAUGCCGGACAAGAAGCGACGCAGCAGAUGAGAAUCAUUGGAGUCAAUGGACCUGCGCCACCAAAGCUCCGACUUCGUCUAAAAGUAAACUACACCAAGGAAGGCCAACCGCCUGUGACGGACCAAGUCGAUUGGUCGGAACCAUCAUGAGAGGGAGGGGGAAAGGGAAACGAAGUGGCAUUUGCAUCAACAAAAUAUUCUUGGGAACAAGGAUUAGAAUGAAAAGAAAAUCCCUUGAUGCGGGUCCCAUUAUACAUGGCAUAUAUAAUAUAAGGCUCCAGCAGGAGUUUGUACCGAGAAUUCAUCACGAUCAUCACCUCACAAGUCCCGCCUGAGCAGCAUAUCCUCCCAUUUCAUUUUGCAUUCUCUGGAGCUUUGGCCCUGUUUCCUGGUUGCCUUGCCGAUCUUCCUCUGUUGUCAUACCGGUCCCUGCUGUCCCGAUCACCUUUGAGAUAAUAUGUCGCCUAGGUCCCUUUGAUGACUUUUCUGUGUGUGUGUGUGUGUGUGUGUAAUAAUCAACAUUUGGCAUGGAGAAUAAAGAACCAUUGAAUACG